AUGUCGCACAAAAUUCUGAUCGCGGUGCUGUUCACGUGCUUUGUUUUAGAAGUUUCAACAAAACCCGCAGACGUAACGACAACGGACGGCAGCAAAGAAGAAACAUUAAGUAAAACUGACGAAAUACAAGAUAGUGAAGAAAAACUACUGUCAAAUGACUCAAAUCAAUCUAAUCCUAUUACUCGUGACAUAUUAGAAAAAAUUAAAACAAUCAAUGACGGGCUGAAAAAGCCAGACAAAUUUCAAAAAAACUACAAUAACAACCUUCAAUCUGACGCUGAAUAUGUCAUCGAUGCGGCUACAUUCGAAAAAAUACAACAAAUUAUUUCUUCAGUGAAGCCACGUCCGAGUUCACAACAGAUAAACAGUAAUCAAGAAACAAAUUCUAUUUUUAAUGAGAAUGACGUAAACCAACGUUUUGUGCAUUCAAAAGCAUUAAGUUUUAUACCAAGUUCUUUAAAUAACGGCUUACUUCCAACAUUUUCUAUGCCAUAUAUAACUACUAUGCCAAUUUUAAUGGUGCCAGCAAUCACUGAUGUAUAUACUAAAAACAGCAUACCAAAUUCGAUACAAUCAGAUAGUUAUCAAACAAGACAAGAAUCACCAUCAUUUCCGUUUCAAUUUCAAUGGCCAUUUGCUUCUUUUUUUCCUAUAUUGGUAAAGGAUCCCUUACUUGCAUUUAUGCAUGGAGGUGGCUGGAACAAUUUUUUUGAAUUUGGACAAAGCGCUGAUGUGUGUAGUGUAAGAAAACAGAAAUCCUCUAUUUUGAAUACCAUUGAGAACAUGGAAUUUAGUAACAAUGUUGAAAGUAAUAAGUUCGUGGAAAAUGUCCUUAAUACAGAGAGUUUAAAUCCCCGUUCAAGAAUUAGGCGCUCGCUCAAAAAACGGAAUAUAUUAACAUCGUCUACUACUGAACAAGAACUAACUAGUGCUAAUGAGCCAAAAAAAGUUAUACUGAAACCCGCUGUUACACGAAAAACAACGAAUAAGCCGCGAAUUGAAAAAGAGAAGGUAGUUCAAGAUACAAAAAGCGGUGAAAUCGAAGGGGACUUACGUUUUCCUUUCAGUGAUUUUUCAUGGUUCGGAAAUAAAAAACCAGUGGCUCCUAGCCCGGGUUUCUUUAUAAACAGGCUAAGGGUAAGGAAAGGUGGUGUAGCAAUCGCAGGGCCGGGUGGUGUAGCAACGGCUGGAAGAGGUGGAACUGCUAUUGUUGGACCAGGUGGAUUAGCUUAUACCCAGCCUGGAGGCAUUGCUGUCGCAGGUCCUGCUGCUCGUGUAAUUGCUUUAUCACCGCACACUGAUCUAACAUCAUUAAUAUCACGCCUUCAUCCACAAUCCACAGAUGAAUCAGUGCCACGAUCAUUUAAUCCAUUAUUAGAAGGAAGGCUGGAAAUAUUUUAUUAUAGGGCAUCUACACAAUACCUGCCAUUUUACGGAGGAGCCAAAGGGCAAUAUUUAGAAGUAAAAAAGGACACGAAGGGUGUUGUUGUUAGCGAAAAGAUAUUAGCAGAAGACAGCAUUAGCAGUGAUAACAUAGUUAAAAAUACCGAUGACAGCCUCCUGUCUAGGGUAUUCGCUGCGAACUUGCAGAGUCUACGGACAUUGUCGAGCAAUGUACUUAAAUUACAUACCUUGGGCAGGAAAACGGGUUCUUUGGGAAACACUGACAAAUCAAGAUUCAAAAGUCAGCUAUCUUCACUUGGAGAAACAGCAUCAAAUACAAUCAAGUUGAUAGAUGAAAUUGGGGAUAAUGUAGAUGCGCUUUUUAAUCAAAACGCUACACUCUUGAAACGGAAUGAGGAAAACUUUGAGGAUGAUGAUGUGGGCGAUGAGAGUGUUGGAGUCGACUCUCCAUUCGACACAGAUGAGUUUGGUUUCAGCAAUUCAAGAAUUGCCGAAGCGAAGCCUUUCGGUUUAGCCGUGAUUGGUGAAACAGGGCUUGCGGCUUCUCGACCUAUGGGUACCGCAGUAGCUUCAAGCGGAGUUGCAAUAGCACGCCCUAUUGGCAUUGCUAUCGCGGGAAUAGACCCCACACGACUAGGAAUUGAUUACCAAAUAAACCAGUCGAAUGGAGACUUUUAUCCUCAAAAGUCACCAGGCAAAAAUUAA